AUGUCUGCAAAGCCAGCGGACGCUUCCCGGUCUCGUGCCGCGGACCCUAAGAAAGUUCACAUUGCCGACACCGCAAUCAACCGCCAGAACUGGUACAAGCAUGUUAACUGGCUGAAUGUCUUCCUUAUCAUCGGUAUCCCCUUGUGCGGGUGCAUCCAGGCCUUCUGGACGCCUCUUCAGCUGAAGACUGCCAUCUGGGCCGUCAUCUAUUACUUCUUCACUGGUCUUGGCAUCACAGCAGGAUACCACCGCCUGUGGGCUCACUGCUCGUACUCUGCUCGUCUUCCCCUCCGUAUUUGGCUCGCUGCUGUUGGUGGUGGUGCCGUUGAAGGUUCUAUCCGUUGGUGGGCUCGUGACCACCGUGCUCACCACCGUUAUACCGAUACCGACAAGGACCCCUACUCCGUCCGCAAGGGUCUGCUCUACUCUCACCUGGGAUGGAUGGUGAUGAAGCAGAACCCCAAGCGUAUCGGCCGCACUGAUAUCUCCGACUUGAACGAGGAUCCCGUUGUCGUCUGGCAGCACCGCAACUACCUCAAGGUCGUUUUCACCAUGGGCCUGGCUGUCCCUAUGCUCGUGGCUGGUCUCGGCUGGGGUGACUGGUUGGGCGGUUUCGUUUACGCUGGUAUCCUGCGUAUCUUCUUCGUCCAGCAGGCCACUUUCUGUGUCAACUCGCUCGCUCACUGGCUCGGUGACCAGCCCUUCGACGACCGCAACUCUCCCCGUGACCACGUCAUCACCGCCCUGGUCACUUUGGGUGAGGGUUACCACAACUUCCACCACGAGUUCCCCUCCGACUACCGCAACGCUAUCGAGUGGCACCAGUAUGACCCUACCAAGUGGAGCAUCUGGAUCUGGAAGCAGCUCGGUCUCGCCUAUGACCUCAAGCAGUUCCGUGCCAACGAGAUUGAGAAGGGACGUGUUCAGCAGCUCCAGAAGAAGAUUGACCAGAAGCGUGCCAGACUCGACUGGGGAACUCCCCUUGACCAGCUGCCCGUUAUGGAAUGGGAUGACUAUGUUGAGCAGGCCAAGAACGGCCGUGGCCUUGUCGCCAUCGCUGGUGUUGUUCACGAUGUGACCGACUUCAUCAAGGACCACCCUGGUGGCAAGGCUAUGAUCAACUCCGGGCUUGGCAAGGACGCCACCGCUAUGUUCAACGGUGGUAUCUACUAUCACUCCAACGCUGCGCACAACCUGCUCUCUACCAUGCGAGUUGGUGUCAUCCGUGGUGGAUGUGAAGUUGAGAUCUGGAAGCGUGCUCAGAAGGAGGGUGUUGAGUACGUUCGCGAUGGCACUGGCCAGCGGAUCAUCCGUGCUGGUGAGCAGGUGACCAAGAUCCCUGAGCCCAUCCCCACCGCUGAUGCGGCAUAA